CAAGCACCACGUCUCGCUUUUCACGCUCUCCUCCUCUCCCCUCCCCUUCCUGGAAACCAAGCAAAAGUUUUCGACUUUUGUUUAUAUAUCGCUUCAUCUCCUCUCUGCUUUUAUUCUAUCUGCGUAUCAAUCUAUCCUUUUCUUCUUUCUUUUAUCUUUUCAAAAAGCUAAAAGCACAAAGAACCCUUAAAUUAUUUGAUUUCCUAAAGGAAAAAAAACCAAUCUUCCCAUUUUAUAACACAUCAAUUCUCUCACCUUCCAAACCAAACUCACCUAAUUACCAGUCACUCAGUUCGUUUCUUAAGCUGACACAAGUAUUACACUCAAACAAGCUAAAUGCAGAGAGCAACAAUGGGGAUGGGUUUUUUUCCUCUCUUCGUUUUUGCACUCCUAUUUUCCACUUGCAGCUCAGAGAUCUCGAACAAGAUAGGAAUAAACUGGGGUACACUGGGAAACAACCUGCCGCCGCCGCCGCAUACGGUGGAGCUCAUCAAAUCUCUAAAAGCCAAACGCGUCAAAAUCUACAGUGCUGACCAGGAAAUCCUUACUGCCCUUAAAAAUACCGAUAUCCAAGUCUCAAUCAUGUUACCUAACGAACUCAUUCCCAAUGUCUCCAAAAGCCAACAUUUCUCAGAUCAUUGGGUCAAAAACAAUGUCGUCCGAUUUUUACCUGAUGUGAAAAUCCGAUAUCUCCUUGUUGGUAACGAAAUUCUUACUAACCCGGAUGUCGGAACAUGGUUCAAUCUUGUACCGGCCAUGCGUCGAAUCAAGUGUUCUUUGAGAGCCUAUAAAAUCCAUAAGGUUAAAGUUGGUACUCCAUCGGCAUUGAAUGUCUUAGAAUCUUCAUUUCCACCCUCAAACGGGACGUUUCGGUCUGAUAUUGCGGAUCCGAUCAUGAGGCCGAUGUUGCAGUUUUUGAACCGGACCAAAUCGUUCUUCUUCCUUGAUGUCUACCCUUAUUUCGCUUGGGCCGAUAAUCCGGUAGAUAUCAAUCUCGAUUAUGCUCUUUUCAAGGCCACAAAUAUAACAGUGACUGACCCAGUCACCAAAUUGACCUACACCAACCUCUUUGACCAAAUGAUUGAUGCUGUAAUCUUUGCCAUGAAACGACUCGGGUACCCGGAUAUCAGGAUUUUUAUCGCCGAAACGGGUUGGCCUAAUAAUGGAGAUAUCGAUCAAAUCGGAGCCAAUAUUUACAAUGCUGCCACUUACAACCGGAACGUGGUAAAGAGGCUUACCGCCAAACCCGCCAUUGGCACUCCAGCCCGACCAGGAUCAGUAAUACCUUCUUUCAUCUUCGCAAUGUACAAUGAGAAUCAAAAACCGGGUCCAGGCACGGAGCGGCAUUUUGGGUUGCUAUACCCAAAUGGGUCGAAAGUGUACGAUAUCGAUCUAAGCGGCGAGAAGACUGAAUCCGAGUAUACAAAGCCGUUACCGGCACCAAUAAAUAAUGCGCCGUAUACAGGGAAGAUAUGGUGCGUGGUGGCUAAAGGAGCAAACAGGACUGCCUUGGGCGAUGCGUUAGGAUAUGCUUGCUCGCAGGGGAAUAAAACUUGUGACCCAAUCCAACCGGGUAAGAAGUGUUUUAAACCGGAUUCUGUGGUUUGGCACGCUAGCUACGCGUUUAGUUCGUUUUGGGCUCAGAUGAGGCAGGCGGGCGCCACUUGCUAUUUCAACGGCCUCGCAACUCAGACUACCAAGGAUCCAAGUUUUGGACACUGUAAGUUCCCAAGUGUGAGUCUUUAAGGCGGCAUUAACCAUGUGAAGAACACAGAGAUGAAGUAGGAAGUGAAGUGAUUGGGGAGCCCCUUUUUAGUUUUUACAUUGCAUUGUAUUUUUAGAUGCUUGCGAAUUAUUUAAAUAAGGUAGUAAUUAAUUCUUUUAGGCAUUGCCCUUUUUCCCAAAGAGGAGAAAAAAAAUGGGUGCCUAAAUCACUUCUCUCCCAGGUGUGAGGUGUUUAUUUUGUUAGACUUAUUUAAACUUUUUCAUUGAAAAAGUUCCAUUUGAUUGUAACGGCUAUAAUGUUGUUGGAGAUUCUUAUAAUUGCAAGUUGUUAGUAAUUUAGUAGUAUUAUUUUCUUUAUGAA